ACCCCAACGCACAAGUAUAAAUGCUCUCAACAGCAUAGGGGUUAUUUUUACCUAUGCACCAAACGCAGUUCUUACAUAGUUACAUUUCUGGGGAGGUGAGCGUCAGGCUACGUCGUAGGCCUACAGCAACGUGAACAUGAAGGCCCAUGCAGAAGAGAGGCUCCUGCGGACCCUCCUGACCGACUACAACAAGAUGUCCCGUCCGGUCGCCAACACGACCGAUGUGGUGCUGGUGCGCUUUGGGCUGUCCAUCGCCCAGCUCAUUGACGUGGAUGAAAAGAACCAAAUGAUGACCACCAAUGUCUGGGUCAAACAAGAGUGGAAUGAUUACAAGCUACGAUGGAACCCCCAAGAUUAUGAAAAUGUUACCUCAGUUCGGAUUCCAUCUGAACUUAUCUGGAGGCCAGACAUUGUGCUGUAUAAUAAUGCAGAUGGAGAUUUUGCCGUGACCCACCUGACCAAAGCUCACCUGUUCCACGACGGCAGAAUAAAAUGGGUGCCCCCCGCCAUCUAUAAGAGCUCAUGCAGCAUAGACGUCACCUUCUUCCCCUUCGACCAGCAGAACUGCAAGAUGAAGUUCGGCUCCUGGACCUACGACAAGGCCAAGAUCGACCUGGUGAGCAUGGCCAGCAACGUGGAUCAGAUGGACUACUGGGAGAGCGGGGAGUGGGUCAUCAUGAACGCAGUGGGGAAAUACAACACCAAGAAGUACGAGUGCUGCACCGAGAUCUACCCGGACAUCACCUACUCCUUCAUCAUCCGGAGGCUGCCUCUCUUCUACACCAUCAACCUGAUCAUCCCCUGCCUGCUCAUCUCCUGCCUGACCGUGCUGGUGUUCUACCUGCCGUCGGACUGCGCCGAAAAGAUCACGCUCUGCAUCUCGGUGCUCCUGUCCCUCACCGUCUUCCUGCUCCUCAUCACCGAGAUCAUCCCCUCCACCUCGCUGGUCAUCCCGCUCAUCGGCGAGUACCUGCUCUUCACCAUGAUCUUCGUCACCCUCUCCAUCAUCAUCACCGUCUUCGUGCUCAACGUCCACCACCGCUCGCCGCGCACCCACACCAUGCCGCACUGGGUCCGCAGGGUCUUCCUGGACGUCAUCCCCAUCUACCUGUUCAUGAAACGGCCCUCCACCGUCUGCAAGGACAACUGCAAGAGGCUGAUCGAGAUGAUGCACAAGAAGGUGAGCCCGACAUCCAUCUGGGCAGAGGCCGAGUCCAGCCUCUUCGUCCCCCAGCCCGACGGGCAGGGCACCCCGGCCCGCUCCCCGUCCCCUAGCCUCUGCCUCCCCAUGGAGCAGCACCUUCCCAAGACGCAGCUGCUGUCCGCCUCCAGCCAGUACUCCAUCCUCCUGGAGGAACCCCACCUGCAGGACUGCUUCUCCCCCUCUCCGUCCCCCAGCAUCCUGCUCAGCCUGUCCCCGGACGGGCCUCGAGGACACCCGAAGGAGCGCUCCCUCAGCGUGCAGCACGCCCUCGACGAGCGGGAGCUUCCCCAGGGCGUUCCCCGCUGCCACUCCUGUAGCUUUCAGUACUGCUGCGUGCAGGAGGAGGCCUCCCAGAGCGCUGGGUUCCUGCGCAUCCCUUCGCCCUGUGGCAUGGCUCACCCCAAACCUACCACCCCCUUCGACAGACCCUCUCCAGUCACCGACGGCAAGGAGCAGCAGCUCUUCCUAAUGUCCCCCUCCAUGAAGCUGGCUAUCGAGGGUGUUCAGUACAUCGCAGACCACCUCCGGGCAGAAGAUGCUGACUUCUCUGUGAAAGAAGACUGGAAGUAUGUGGCGAUGGUCAUUGACAGGAUAUUUUUGUGGAUGUUUAUAAUUGUGUGCGUUCUGGGAACUGUGGGACUGUUUCUUCCUCCUUGGUUGGCCGGAAUGAUCUAGAAUGUAAUACAGUUAGAGGAAAUAUGACAUGGGCAGGGAGUCACACUUUACAAAGAAAUGUGUUUUCCAUUCUAAGUUGGAUGUAAAAUCAUGAGUUAUCGGAGUGAGGAAUUAAAGAUUACAUGUUUUUUGCAGAUAAUGUUUUGAUGUUUGUGUUUCAACCUUAAGCUCAUUUCUGUGUACAAUAACUACUUUCUGUGUACAAAACUGUGACUUAUCAUGUUUUGUCUACUUUGCUUUGGAAAUUAUAUGUAUUAGCCUACUAUGUUUUGAUUCAUAUUAAUGUAAACAUAUCUAUUGAUUAACAGCUAUAAACAUCCUUUGACGAAUUGUCAGAUUAAACUAUUAAAAAUAAUACAUUAUGAUGCUGCCAUAAUUUCUGUGGUGCAAGGAAACCAUUGCUUUGUUUUCUCCUUUGGCAACUCAAUUCAGCAUUUGACUAGUAUUUUCUAGGUAUUUCCUUUCACUUUCCAGGAUAUAUUUAGUAUGCAUGUUUAUGUACAAAGUUGUUUACUACUUUGUAAAAUCCACAUCAAAGUCAAAAUGUGUUGAAGUAAAUUAUCAUGAAUUAACAUAAUGAACAGCAGUAUUAUUAUAUACAGUAAUCACCAUACAGUAUGUACUCUAUGUUUAAUAACAAUUACAAAGCGCCUAAGGGAAGGCAAUGUGCAAGUGCUUCAAUUUCAGUAACAAUUUCCAUAUCUAAGACACUUUCAUUGUCAGUGAAAUUUGACCAAUCAGUAUAUUGAGAAUAAUAAACACUGUCAGUGACUCACAGGAUGCUGUUUGAUCCUUGGAAAGGAAGCUGUGCCACAUGCUGGCAAACUUUCGUCCCUUUUCAAACUCACAAAGAUGCCAUGUGCAUUUGUAGAAAGGAAAUAACAAGAAAAAAGAAGUCAAAUGUUGCCUUCUCACUUACCAAACAAUUAAAUAAAACCUGCAUUUAAAAUUCAGUCAUUAUAUAUGCCAUCCCACGCAUGCAAUAUGUUGAGUCAGUCAGCGAACAAAUUAAUUCAUAUGAGAUAACAGAUUCUUCUUAAUGCUACUAUUAUUUUUCUUUUCCUGUAAUAUGGAGGGGGCUCAAUCAUUUCUGACUAGUAGACUGGUUAUGCCAAAUGUUUUUCCAUUAUUCUCAAUAUACUGGCGUAAAUAUCAUAGAAAAUGUAUAUUUAUCAUGUAAUAUCUUAAUGAAAUCAUAUCAACUAAUUUUGGGAAAUGAGUGUUUCAUCAGUUUCAGCAAGAACUCUUUACCUGGGGCUUUUUGUUCUGCAGAAAAAUAUUGGUCAAAUUGGUUUGCUUUGGAACUUGAGAAAGCCCAGACUCGACUCUCCCCCUCCUUCCAGAAACUCUCGCCUGGGCUGUCCACCACCAUAAUUUCUGUAUUCCUUUCUUUGGUUAAUCAUUUCAAACAAGAGUCCAUUUCUCCUCACUUUAUAAAUACUGCUCUGCCUGUAAUUGUGUCCAUAUUCUCUGUGAGAUAAGACAUACUUCCCUCUUAAUUAUCCCUUUAUCCCUCUAUUUUGUCUUGGCCAGUGCAUGAUGGGCUCUCCCUCUAUAGACGUGUUCUUCCCAUUGGAAAUAUUUUUCUCACCAAGGUUUUUCUCCUCACAAGCACCUCAUGUGCUUUCCAUUUGCAGGUUCAGGCCUGGUGUUUUCCCUACAAAUAAAAUGAUGAAUAUCUGUG